UACCCUUAUUUAUGAGCAAGAGUACAGUUUUUCUCACUUUGCGCGGAGCAGCAUGAUGCACGGCAAGUUCUAUGAUCAAUGUUGUGCAUUUUUUAAUUAUACAAAUAGUUUUUUUCAAAGGCCGAUCUAUGUGUGUGUGCAUUUUUGCUUUCAGCCAAAAGCGCGAACAAGAUUCUUAUUACAGCCCCGAUAAUAAAAUAACGCUUUGUUAGACCAUCGUAAUAGUAACUGCUUUGUAAAAAAAAAAGAUAGAAAACAACAACAAUCGAUAGAAUACUGAAGAAUAUUGAACUGUUUACAUUGAAAUGUAUAUAUGUUAAAAAGUAUAUUGUCACUUGUAUCUGCUAGCAACCCGUUGUUGAAGCACUUAACUCACAGCACCCUUGCAAAGUUCCGCCAGUUGACACCGAGGCUCAAUAAAACGCUGCCUUAUCCUAUUUUCAAAAGCAAAAAAGUUCAUAGAAGAAAAAAAGGAACGAGUGGAAAAAAAGAACGUCCUUAAAUAAGGUAUGGAGUAUUUGGAUAGCAACAUGGUGUUUUUGUCCGCUACACGAAAUCAAACAACUCCAACACACUUUGAGCUGAAUGUCAUUCUUGCUACGGCAUACAUAUCAGCGGUAUUAUCUCCACUGACAUGCGUAGGAAAUGGCGCACUGUUGUACAUCUUGUUCAAGGAUCCCUUCAAGAAAUUUCGGAAACCGACCACUUUAUUCAUAGUAAGCCUAUCUUUGUCCGACUUUGUUUCCGGUGGACUCACCCAAAUGUUAUAUUCGGCCAGAAUGUUUAUGCGGUUUUACUCAAAAGCACAGGGUGACCAAGGACUAUUCUGGACACAAAAGAUGGUCAACCACUUUAUGAUAAACAUCUCCGUGCUGAUCGUGACGGUAAUGUCAAUAGAUCGCUUCCUCUCCAUUUAUAAGCCGUUCAAAUACAAAGUGAUCGUGACAUCACGCCGUGUCGCGACAUGUAACGCAAUCAUCUGGGUGUACAGCGUGUUGUUUACCUUGACCAGCUUCACCAUGAGCAGAGAGGUCUUCAUGCAGAUUGACCUUCAUCUUCACACUACUCUCCCCGUACUCGUCAUGAUUAUUUGCUACGUCAGCAUGUAUGUCCUUAUAAGGAAGAAACAGCACAGACGGGUGAACCUGGAGCUGAACACACGCUCGGAGCGAAGUCUGCGAAUCCAGAAGAGGGUUUCGGCAACCGUCUUUAUGGUGAUUUUCCUACUGUUUAUUGGACUGAUGCCGUUUUUUGUGGUAGUCAGUAUUGGAAUUGACUUCCCUGUGUUUACUGAAGAGAAGUGGUUCAUCGUGAUGAAUUACACAUGCUUGCCGUUUUUGUUCGUCAAUAGUGCGUUGAACCCUUGGUUGUACGCCUGGCGGCUUACUGAUUACAGGCAGGCUUUCUUCGCCAUUUUUCACAUCAAGACGAUGGUCAUGGAUAUCACGACAAGCAGGUCAACCAAUGAUGGAUCUACGAUGGAAAAAUGACAGGUUUACUACUGCAUCGCAUAGCCGUAGCAGGCCACGAACGAUUGGCGGGGGGGGGGGGG